UCAAUUGCCAUCGAACACGGAAUCGUUCCCUGAAACGCGAUCAUCAGUUCAAUAGGUUCGGUAGUUCGCGUGUGAACAGAAUUAAAAAAAAAAAACGCUUGUCUCCCGCGUCGAUGGACAUUAAAUUUAAAUUGGUGGUCAAAAUUCAAAAUUACGAAACGAACGAAUAAUUUGUUAAGCUGGCCCCCUCAUUGUUUAAAUUAAUUUCUGUGAAGUGAGAUCUAGAAUCUGUACUUUCAGGUGUUUAGAAUAAUGUGAUAUUGUAUUUAACUGAAAUAUUUGCAUUUAUUGCAUCAGUGAUUUAAGAUAUGAGGGAGUUAGCGAUUGCUCUAUCCGCGCCGCGACACAAAUGAUCUAUCGUGACUCUCUCCAUCAAAAAGUCAAUAUUUCUUUUUUCGUUCCAAAUUUCGUAUACCUACAUGAAGCUCUAAAACAUGAUUCGCUUUUUUGAACUAAGUUGAUGCUGACGUCUUUAGCCACUUCUCUAAUAGUGAUUCGACCAUUUUUCAACACUUCUUCAACGCGUUCAUCAAUUAUUGAAGUGCCGUGGAAUCCAGAGCGAGGUUCUUCUCGGCCAUUUUGGAACAACUUGUACCACUUAUAAACAUUUUUUUUGCGCAAAAGUAGAUUCACCAUAUGCUGCUGUCAAGUGUUUUGUAGCACUGUAUUCCAUUUUUUACACAAAAUUUUAUACAAAUUUUUUAUUCCAUUCUCUUGGCAGCAGACAAAACACAUAAAACAAGCCUAACGCUGCUGUCUCACAAAAAAAAGUAAACCUGCAAACUGGCUGAAACUGUGAACUUCUUGGUGCCAAAGUAUAAGUGUCGGUUAUCGCACAGUCAAGUCAAAAAUUUUCUCAUAAUUUAAUAUUUUCAAGCGAGUGAUGAGUGAUUCUGGAAACAAUUGACAAAACAAUAUUAGACAAAACCCACCAUAGUUCAAAAACAACCCUAACAUACCAAAUGUAUUUUAAAUGAUGAUUUACAAAAAAUUGAAAGAUCAACUUGCUAUUUUGAUAAUUUAAACUUCAUCAAUGUUACAAAAAUAUACAUUUUGUAAUUUAUAAUGUUCCUCACAACGGUACAUAUUACCUACAUUUUGGGCAUUAUUUUAGUUCGAUUACAAGUUAAUACCCUUUACGCAAAGUAUUAAAGCCUAAAAUCACAAUCAUCAAUUUGACUACCACUACCUACUAAUAGUUUCCUCAAUUAUGUUUGCGAAAUCUAAAGUCAAAGUAAAAGCCAGGUAUUAAAAAAAUCAAAAAUAUAUAGGAUAUCCAAUAUAAAAAAUUAUUUGUUUUAAAAACAUUAUACUUAAAGCAUUAAAUUUUACUUGAAAAGGUGCUUUGGAAUUAUUUUCAUGGAGACAUAAAUUUUUCCAAAAAAUUGGAAUAUCCAUUCGCUGUUUUAACCAUUAUGUUUUUUUUUGUGAAUAUUUGAGGAGUUAAACCCCAGAAAUUUCAUUCUUUUCAACUGCGUGUGAAUUUUAUCCAUUUGAACAAAAUAAAUGAAAAUCGCGAGGUUUAAAAGAAAAUAUUCGAUUUUUUUUUAUAGGGGUGCUGUGGCGUCGUCGUCAAGACCAAAAAAAUCCAAAAAUCAAUUUAAAAAAAUUAGACACGAACGCAGGCCGGUCCGCUCAUAAAGUGGCCAUCGCAUUAUUUACUAUAACUGCGACUAACUCGAAUUCAAUAACGCGAGUAAUUAAAUAACAGGCGAACGGUUCGUGAAGCCUGCCGACAUAUUGUUUAAAAAAAAUGCUCGUCAACAACAAACGCGACCGAUCCAACAAGAACGUGAAGUGGAAGAAGCUGGACGAAGUUGUGCUUGGCAACGCGAAGCUGAGAUUUUGCCCGGAUCAGUUGCAGAAUUUGAAUUAUAUUUUCAACAAGAAGCUCGAACGGGACACUGACAAAUCUUUCGAAAAAUCUCUCCGACUGGCGAAAUCAGUCACUGAGAGGUUGGUACAACGCCUUGCGUGUGGAGCAGGCAUGAUCGAUGUCAGAUUUAGCUCUAAAUAUUUGAUCUGCAACGGUAGCAUGCAAAACGAAGACCUUUCUCAUAACCUGUCAUACACGUUAAGACUUGACGGUCUUUCGACACCCACGUUGUACGAGAGUGACCCAACUCCCAAGUAUGGAGUGAUAGAGACGGAUCGCGACUGUCCCGUAGGAUAUAGCAGGAUCCGUCUCCAGUCCUCUACGUUAAAAUCCUGGAAGGAGUACACAAACUCUGGCGGAUAUUUGAGGAGAGAUAAAGUCCAAGCAAGGCUGGUAGAACUUUUGGCCAUGGCAGCCACCCAAGAAACCCCAAAUUCGUUGUUGCAAGUAGACGAGUCUACCUACUGUGGAAUACCUGGCAAAGUGGUAGACUCGUGUACUCUGCGAUAUAUUCUAGACGUACCGUCUAAGCAACAUGUUUAUAAUGGCCCUGGUGGCAACGUGCCGAGAUUUCCAGACACGCGCGACUUUCGUUUGGCGAUCGUGGAUGAACCCAACGGUAUCAAAAUGAGGGUGGAGUUUUUGUCGCCAGCCUUAUCGGAUAUAGCGUUAACGGUUCGAAUAUUGGUGGCCGUGGGAGUGGACGCUUGGCCGUCCACCAGCGAUUUCCCUUCCAGGAUACCAUUGGGCCAUCCAGACUGUUUGCUCUAUUACAAAUCCGCCCAAACAGGUUUAUAUCUUGUGGGGUACGGCGUGCACUCGUCGGCUUGGCAGAUGAGGGUACCAGCAGCGGAAUACACCCUCCUGAAUCAUUAUGGCGUAAACAGCGUCGUCAGAACCAUUCUCGACAUACUCUACGAAAUUCUUGAAGAUAUUGACCGAUCCAGAGGUCUGAGAAAACCCAUAUCGUACAAAAUACUCAACAGAUAUAUGCUUUUCACGAUCUUGUUGGAAGAACUGGAGGAAAAUUCCAAAUCAACUUUCCAAGAUUUGAUCGCAUGGUCGCCGCCGUAUCUUUCGACGUUAGUCCUCAAAAUGCUGGACAAGAUUAUCGGCAGACUACAAUCGGAGUUCCAACCAAACUAUUUUUUCAAAUCGGCGAAUUUAUUGGUCAACCCGGGUCACUGGUGCGACGACGACUUCGUUCUAGAAGCUAAUAACGUCAAAGGAUACAUGAUACGGCUCUUUGACGAAUCUCUAAUGUCGAAUAAAGGUAACAGGGAAUUCAAUAACCUGCUGUUAUCUCAGGAAACCGAAAUGGUACUGCUAUAUAAGUGGAAGGAGCUAAUCGACGGGUUAUUACCACCUUCAGGCACGAGGGGGCGUAGAUUCUGUUUUGCAGGAUCGAAAAGUAAACAACAUAUAGCACAUACUCAGUAUACAAAUAGACAGCUGGAAUAUAUAGCCCUUUUAUUGCAUAGUAUGGUGAAGGUUAAACAAAGUAUUCUGCAGGCUGACCAGGAUCUGAGCGCAGAGUCUGCGGUUUCCGUGGAGUUUGCGAAAGAGAAUUACAUAGAAGAUAUCAUUUACAUUCUAGUUAACUUAAUGGAUCAAGCCAAAGAACAGUAUUUCCUCAAACAGUCUAAUCCCACCCUGAGCAAAAACAAACUUAAAAUUAAGCUAAAUUUCACCCAAUACACAUCGAAGUUGGUGAAUCAGAUUAGAAAGGAUAAGGAGCUUCAAGCGUUUCAGCCCGAGGACGAUCUCAGUAUGGUGAAAAUAAUUUUGAAAUUGCUCUACAGGGCGAUGGAUCACAAUAAAAAAUGUCUCGGUCCGAUAAUGAGGCCGUAUUUGAACAACAUAUUUACUACUUCGCAUUCGUUAUCAUGUCACCUCGAGCAAAUAAAAGAAAGGCUCAGGAACGACGAGAUCGAAGCUAUGGGUUUGUUUUCCGAACUGGUGAACCACGCUAAGAUAACACCGGCUCAAGGGUUGAUAGAUUCCGUGAAUAAAGAGUGGACAUGGGCUAAAAAUAUGUUAAGUAUGGUAGAAAAAAACACCCUGAGGUUGGUGUUUGUUGCCGAUCGAGGAAAGGUUUACAGGCACAUUCUAUCUUUACCGUCAUACACCAAGACCGAAGGUGAGGAAAUCACGGAUAAAGGGAACAAAACGAGGCAUGUUAUUAGAAGGAGUACGUUGCCAGCUAGAACCUAUUUCAAUUCGCUAUUGAACGGUUCCAAUAAAUACCGAAAUUCUGAAGUGCCCCAACACGAAAUAUUAAAGUCAGCAAGUCCGAUGUCUCUCAUCUUUAGCAAAAAACAUCGUAGGGGACAACAUAGAGGCAGCGGCGAUAUACUCAGAAGUAUGGCGUCUAUGCACAAAUUGAACGUAUUUCAAGAGGCAGCGUCGAACCUGCCCCAAGAGGACCGAUCGGAACUUCAAGAGAUGAUACAGAUGUUCCAUCAAUCGAAGCUGAAGAAAUCUUUGAACAAAAAAUGGUCUCAAACACUCCCGCAUCUCUCCAGCGGCGGCAGAGUGAGACCUCAAGGCGAAGCGGUUCAACGGUACACCCCCAAAGAGGAGAGCGCCGGAAUACGCGCGGACUCUGAAGAUGGUCAAGCUUUUGAAAUGACUAAAGUAAAAGCUGGAAGUUUGCUCGGGACAUGCCGGGCUGCCAGAUUAAGGGAAGAUUCUAGUGUGUUCUUGCUGGAGGAUAGUUUCAAGGUGAAAGCCUUGCUAAAUAAAUCAGAAUCCUUCAAAUAUUAAACGAUUAUUGCAAAUUCAAUACACGAAGAAUGUCUUGAAUACUAACUAACCACUUGCCAUUGUGUACAGUUGUUGAACUAUCGGUUUAAG